GCCCGCGCAGGAUGCCCCCGGCCCCCGGCAGCCCCCCGGGAGGCCCUGAGCUCGACGCGCCCCCCCUACGACAUGUCCCCCCCUGGCUCGGCCGCGGGAGAGAGCGCCGGCGGCGGCGGCGGCGGCGGCGGCCCCGGGGUCGUGGAGGAGCCCACGGCGUUGGCAGCGGCGGCGGCGGCGGACGAGGGCUCCGCCCGAGAGGAGCAGCGUCCCAUCCAGCCCUCUUUCACCAAGUCCCUCUGCCGUGAGUCCCACUGGAAGUGCCUGCUGCUCUCACUGCUCAUGUAUGGCUGCCUGGGCGCUGUGGCCUGGUGCCACGUCACCACGGUGACCCGCCUCACCUUCAGCAGCGCCUACCAGGGCAAUAGCCUCAUGUACCACGACAGCCCCUGCUCCAACGGCUAUGUCUACAUCCCCCUGGCUUUCCUGCUCAUGCUGUACGCCGUCUAUCUGGUGGAGUGCUGGCAUUGCCAAGCCCGCCAUGAGCUGCAGCACCGUGUGGACGUGAGCAGUGUGCGGGAGCGUGUGGGUCGCAUGCAGCAGGCCACGCCCUGCAUAUGGUGGAAGGCCAUCAGCUACCACUACGUCCGCCGCACCCGCCAGGUCACCCGCUACCGCAAUGGCGACGCCUACACCACCACCCAGGUCUACCACGAGCGCGUCAACACGCACGUGGCAGAGGCCGAGUUCGACUAUGCGCGCUGUGGCGUCCGCGACGUGUCCAAGGCACUGGUGGGGCUGGAAGGCGCGCCGGCUACGCGGCUGCGCUUCACCAAGUGCUUCAGCUUCGCCAGCGUGGAAGCCGAGAACGCCUACCUGUGCCAGCGCGCGCGCUUCUUCGCGGAGAACGAGGGCUUGGACGACUACAUGGAGGCGCGCGAGGGCAUGCACCUGAAGAACGUGGACUUCCGCGAGUUCAUGGUGGCCUUCCCGGACCCGGCUAGGCCGCCGUGGUACGCCUGCUCGUCGGCCUUCUGGGCCGCGGCGCUGCUCACGCUGUCGUGGCCACUGCGCGUGCUGGCCGAGUACCGCACGGCCUACGCGCACUACCACGUGGAGAAGCUCUUCGGCCUGGAAGGCCCGGGCUCGGCUAGCAGCGCGGGCGGCGGCCUGAGCCCCAGCGAGGAGCUGCUGCCUCCGCUCACGCACCGCCUGCCGCGAGUCAACACUGUGGACAGCACGGAGCUUGAGUGGCACAUCCGCUCCAACCAGCAGCUCGUGCCCAGCUACUCUGAGGCGGUGCUCAUGGACCUGGUGGGGCUGGGGGCGCGCUGCACGGGAGGCGCGGCCGGCGGCUACGCGCCCACAUGCCGCUACGGCGGGGUGGGUGGCCCGGGCGCGGCGGGCGUGGCCCCGUACCGGCGCAGCUGCGAGCACUGCCAGCGCGCUGUCAGCAGCUCGUCCAUCUUCUCGCGCAGCGCUUUGAGCAUCUGCGCCAGCCCGCGGGCCGGCCUGGGGCCCGGCGGGGGCGCGGGCUGCGGGGGCAGCCGCUUCUCGCUCGGCCGCCUAUAUGGCUCCAGGCGCAGCUGCCUGUGGCGCAGCCGGAGUGGGAGCGUCAACGAGGCGAGCUGCCCGACGGAGCAGACGCGGCUGUCGAGCCAGGCCAGCAUGGGGGACGACGAGGAUGACGACGAGGAGGAGGCCGGGCCGCCGCCGCCCUACCACGACGCCCUCUACUUCCCGGUCCUCAUCGUCCACCGGCAGGAGGGGUGUCUGGGCCACAGCCACCGGCCGCUGCACCGCCACGGCUCCUGCGUAGAGACCUCACUGUGACCUCCGGCCCCCAGAGGGGCUCGCGCUGUCCUCUCUUCUAGCCCUCGCCCGGCUGUGCUCCCUGCGUGUAGCAGGGAGAGUCACGAGGGCUGACUGGGGGUGGGUGGGUGAGGGCGCUCCGGACAGACCCCGAUGGCACCGAGACCCCUGCCCUCCUUGUACAUAAAGACAGAUGGGUGGGAGGGAGUCGGUAGCUGUUUACCCCACCUUGGCAAAGAGUUGCCUCUUCCAGCCCCACUCCUGAGUUCCUAAGGAGAAACUCCCUUUUCCACACACACACUUGAGAUCCCCCGUCCAGCCUUUCAAUGGAUCUUUCGACUGUUAGGUGUUGACUGUGCAGUGGGACCAGCAAUUGGGCCUCUUCUCAAUUAGGAGGCCCUCGCUCUGCAGGUGUGGGGAGGUUUAGAGGCUGUGGGGAAGGGAAAUUGGGGCUUUCUUUCCUCCAUGGCCCCACAACACCCGGGCCUCUCUCCAUGGUGGGGGGGGGUGGUGGUUCGGUGAACAGCAGGGGUGCCUUCCAACCAGCUUAACAAAUUCAGUGGGUCUGAGGGCCAGGGCCAGGUGUCCACCCUGAUACUCCAUCCCAACACCAUGGAAAUGUCGUUUGCCUCUUCUUGGCACAGGCCCAGGAGAUGGGUGUUUCCUUUCUGCUGUUCCCUCCACUGUUGUUUAUCUCACUGGGCCCCAGGAGUCCAGGUCCUGGGGGGACUGCACUCACCAUGCAGACGCCACCUCCCACUCCCUGGCUCAGAGGAGCUGUUGCCAGGGUGUUUGGGGGAGGGAUGGCGAAAUGUGUACCUUGGUCCUUUCUCUAAACUCUUAGCCUCCUGGCAGCAUCCUGCUCACCUGGGUUCCAGGCAGGUUCCCCCUUCCAAGAGGGUGAGAUGCCACCCAGCCAGGGUGAAUGACUGAGUGGGAAGAGCAUGAGACAGAGCUGGGUGACACUGGGGACUCUGGAGGCAGGUGGGAGUAAAAGAGGAGGGACCAAAGGGAGAAGGCAGUGGAGGGGAGAGAAUAAGGACCUCCAAAUUGGGGUCGUCUUUGGGAGGCCAUGCUUGCCUCUCCCAGACCUUUGGGGAGGCGUGGAGAGUGGUUGUCUCUCACACAUGCAGGGCUCAGGAUGGUGUCACAGGCCCUGUCUGGAGAAAUACUCAGUUCUAGUGGCAGGGUCAGAGGCAGGAAUUCUAUAAAUCUUGCCUGACCCUUCCAUCUUCCUCCACUUCCCCUACCCCAUGAGCUGAAGCCCUGCUAUGUGUCCCACGGUCUCCAAAAGGGCAUCCUGCCACCACCCCAGGGUGCUGGCCCCACAUCCUGUUCCUCCAAAGCUCUGAAGCCACCCUCCCUCCUCUGUGCCCUCCCUUACAUCUGCCCCAUGUGGUUCCGUGUGCAUGUCUGCGUGCAGUCCCCGGCCUUCCCGCUCUCCUGGCUAAGGUUUUCCUGGCAGAUUUAGCAUCUAGGGAUUGAGCUCACAUUUCAAGCUGGAGAGGGUGACCCUUGUGCAACCUGAGUGUUGCUCAGCCGCGAUGCUUCUGGCUCUGAGCCAUCAGAGCCCUUCCUCCACCUGCUUCGGCCUCUCUCAUCCUCCUCCAAGCCUGCACCUGUCCGUGGGCGUGGCCUCCACCUAUGCAACAUCUCCUCUGGCUUUCCUCCCCUCCUUCCCUGGGGGGACAGGGGAGGCACAGAUUGUGGGGACACCACAUCCCAUGACCCAUCAGGCAGUUGAGCUUGACUUUCAUGCAGAGAUGGCUGAAUGGGAAGGAAAGGGAGGCCGGAGUGUGGGGAAGCUUGGGCAAGAGAGAACAGCUGCCCACCAGGUUUCCUUGGGCAGCAGUGCCCAUCUGCCCACCAGUACUGAACCUGCUUGGACGCUGAGACUAUGCUCCUUGGGGGCCUGGCAGUUAGAGCAUCCCCUCUUUCCUCUGAAGGGACAUCUGUGAGGUACAGGUGGUGAGCCGUGGCAUCAGGCCCCGGUUCUUGGCCAGCUGGCACCCGGAUGUCAUGCCCUCCAGUUGGGGCAGCCUGGCCACCCUGUGGCUCUGUGUAGGGAGGAACUUGACUCCUCCUUCCUCAGGCCUGUGUUUGAGACAGAGCCCGGGCUGGGAGGAGGGGAAGGGGUGCCCCUAUUAUUAUUUUUGCCUGUAUUGACCAUUUUUGCCUAGGUUUUAUCACACAGCCUCACCUCCCACACGCGCAGACUUAGAGAGAAACCAAUUCUUUGUUCUAUUUUCUUGGUAGCUUUAUUGAUUGCCAGGGAAAACUGAAACCAGAAAAUUAAUUAAUCUCUAAAAUUAAACUUUACACUGAAUGUUCUUGUUUCUCUAAUUAGGACCUCUGCUAGCAGCUGUGGCUACACACACACACACACACACACACACACACACACACACACACAUUUGCACUCUGGAACUGUCAGAGGGAGUCAGGCAGACAGUCAGACUCUAGGUUGUCCAGACACGCACACACGUGCAGUCACUCCCAAGCCCACUCUGGUGCUCUGCUCAGUGCCUGCUUGUUGGAAGGAGUCCUGAUGGCAGGCACCCCUGGGCUGUGGCUGCAGCCUGUGACCCAUGAGUCCAGAGGUUCUGGGCCCCGCAGUCCAAGGAGAAUGGGGGAUGGGGCUCAGCCUGAGUCCAUCAGUCAGGUCCUCCUAGUGUGCCCUGUGGGUGUGGACCAGGGUGGGCAGUUGUGCUGGCAGCCACAGGGUGACAGGGACUCAUGAGAGGGAGGUAUCUGGAAGGCCCCAUGUGUCCCAGGGUCGAAGGCUUGUGGGGUGGGCUGGGAAGGAGACAGGUCUCUCUGUCGAUUGGGUGCAUCACACUGUGGCCUUUCUGUCGUGGAUUUCUAAGCGCAAAGAUUGUACAAAUCAAACUGGUGGAUAAUAAAGUUGUGGAUGUCUCACUGACUCCUUGGUGGCACGGCACUGCCUCCACCCAGCCCAGUCCCACGUGAACAUGAGAAGCCCUCUGGGGUGGAAGGCUCUGCUAGAGCCGGAGGAAUCAAGGAUCUGUUCAGUAGAGAGGAAAAUGAUGGGGAGGGGCUCAGAGAAUGGGCAGUCCCCAUGGGAGUAGUCUGGUCAGGCC